AUGGCCGGCAAGAUGAAGGAGUUAGACGGCGCCAGCCCUGCUAAGAUCUUCAUCGGCGGGCUCUCCAAGGACACAAGCAUGAGUACAUUCAAAGAACAUUUCGGGAAGUAUGGGGCUAUAAUUGAUGCUGUCAUAAUGAAGGACCGCUACACUCAAAAGCCCAGAGGCUUUGGCUUUAUUACUUUUGCUGAUCCCGCUGUUGUUGACAGAGUGAUUGAGGAUGAGCAUGUUAUCAAUGGAAAGCUGGUUGAAAUUAAGAGAACGAUCCCUAAGGGAGCUGCUCCCUUGAAAGAUUUCAAGACGAAGAAGAUUUUUGUUGGUGGAUUACCCUCAGCUCUAAAAGAAGAUGAAUUCAUGGAAUUCUUUUCCAAGUUUGGAAAGGUUGUGCAGCAUGAAAUCAUCCGUGACCAUACAACUAACCGGUCACGUGGAUUUGGUUUUAUAGUCUUUGAUGCAGAAAAAGCGGUAGAUGAUUUAUUAGCUAAGAAAGGCAAUAUGAUUGAUAUAAAUGGUUCUCAGGUGGAGAUCAAGAAGGCAGAACCAAAGAAACCCUCUAACCAACCACCUCGUUCACUUGAUAGCGAACCUAGGGGCCGUCCAUAUGCAGACAGUUAUGAUGGAUUUGGCAGCUCUUACAAUUAUGGUGGUAGUUUUGGUCCUUAUAGAUCACCUGGAAGUUUUGGCGCUAGGCCUGGAGGUUACAAUAGUGCUUAUGGUCCUGGUGAUUAUGGUAGCGGCUAUGCUACUUAUGGUGGAGCAUUAGUAGGAUACCUUGGAGAGCCUUCCCUUUAUUCUAGUCGCUAUGGUAGCACUUACGGAGGCAGCUUUGGUGGCGGAUAUGGUGGUGGCAGUUAUGCUGGUGGAUUAGCUGGUGCAUAUGGGCGUGAUGCCGGGGGCUAUGGUGGUUCUAGCUAUGGUCCUAGUUAUGAUUCUUCAGGGGCUAAUACUGGUGCUGGGUUUGGCACCGGUGGACUCUAUGGUGCUAGGACCGGCUAUGGUAGCACUAGUGGCAGUGGUGCUGCUGGUCGUUACCAUCCAUAUGGAAGAUAG